AUGGAAUGUUUGGAUGAAGCAGAGAUUACUUUGCCAGCGAAAGAUCAAUCAACCGUAUUGUCUGUUGAAGGAAGACCAAAGGCAACACCAAGAAAAAUAGUGGUAUUAGAAGAGGCCAGUGCCAGUGGUUCUGGUAAAAAACCAAGAAAAUCAAAAAAACCAAGUAAACACAACAAGAAUCCAUUCAUCGAUGAUGAAGCUGGCUGUUCGGAGGAGGACGAUAAUCAUCGUCAGCCUAAUGACUACACAACCAGUUGA